AUGAAUGAUCUAGUGACACCAUUGGGUAAUAACAUUAAAUAUACUGAAUGUGUUUACGAAUCAUAUAGUGAUGUUUAUGCAGAACUAGAAGAUCUAAUAAAAUUAUUAACUUUUGUGGAUAAUCAAGAUGUUAUUCAAAAGAUAUUGAGUGAGCGUUCAAGUGUAUAUAAUUUGUGUGUUAACUACAUUAAUGAAUGUGCUAGAAAAUAUAGAAAAUUGUACACAAAACAUUGUAAUGCUACUAUAUAUUCAGAUAAAAAAUAUAAUAAUCUUUGUCAUGGAAAAAAUACUACACUUGGAUUCCUUCAAUUAGAAGGUGGAGAUGCGGAAUCACAAAUACGCGAUGCACAGGUAUCUAAAAACGAACACACAAUUUUGUUGAGUAGUCCACUGAAAUCUAAAAUAACAACAGGGGUCACAGCAGGGGUAGAAGCAUGUACUUUUCUAAUAAUUUUGUAUAAGGUUAACACGAAUUAUUAUAUUUAUAGAAAUAUUACAUAUCUCAUUUUUUGCCUAUAA